UGGUCAAAGGUGAGCGAUGGUUUGAUUUGAUUUUCUGGUUGGAUUUGCAGAGUGACAGCUCCGUAUUAUCUUCCACGCAGACGCCGAGACGCGUCAGCCAACACCGCCGACGAACAAACAAAUAAAUGGAUCCUCCUCCUCCAACACAUAUCACUACUCUUCUAUGUUUUGUUUAGAAAUCCAACUGGCGAAUAAUGGUGGACUACUCUCAUCAUCAACCCAGCCCCAGACCCAGGGAGAGACUUCUUCCCAAGCGCAUAAUUCUUGUCCGCCACGGCGAGAGCGCCGGCAACAUUGACGGAACUGCUUACACCACCACCCCCGACAACAAGAUACCUCUAACUCCGCAAGGCAUCGACCAGGCCAAGCGGGCUGGUUCCCGGAUCUGCCACGUUGUCUCCGACGGCGGCGCUUCUUCCAACUGGAAGGUCUACUUCUAUGUAUCGCCCUACCUUAGGACGCGUACCACUCUGCGCGAAAUCGGGAGAGCCUUCCCUAAGAACAGAGUUAUUGGGGCUAGGGAAGAAUGUCGGAUCAGAGAACAGGAUUUCGGCAAUUUUCAGGUUGCCGAACGAAUGAAAGUCAUUAAGGAGACCAGAGAGCGGUUUGGCAGGUUCUUUUAUCGCUUUCCAGAAGGAGAAUCUGCCGCCGAUGUUUAUGAUCGGGUUUCAAGUUUUCUUGAAUCCUUAUGGAGGGACAUAGAUAUGAACAGGCUGCACCAGGACCCAUCUGAUGAGCUUAAUCUUAUAAUUGUAUCACAUGGACUUGCAAUACGCGUGUUUCUUACGAAAUGGUUUAAAUGGACAGUUGAGCAAUUUGAGUACUUGAAUAACCUUGGAAAUUCUGAGUUUCGGGUGAUGCAGUUAGGUAUUGGGGGUGAUUAUAGUUUAGCAGUCCAUCAUACAGAUGAAGAAAUGCAACAAUGGGGACUAUCACCUGACAUGAUAGCAGACCAACGUUGGCGAGCUCAUGCUGCCAGGGGUGAUUGGAAUGAAAAAUGUCCAUGGUAUCUUGAUACGUUCUUCGACCAGUUUGCAGAGAGUGAAGAUGGUGACAACGUAGAGUCCUGUGAUUGUGGCACCCCUUUAUGAUUCUUAAUUGUUUAUUUGUCGACAUGCUGUUUGACAUCUUUUAUUGACCUAGAAUAGUCUUGGAUUGAACAGGAAAUGAAGAUGGAGAUGUGCAUAAGAACUGAGAAUCAUUUUAUCUUCUGUAUUUAAUUUACUUUCUCCUGUUUCACUGUCCAUUAGAUGAAAUAGUCUUUAGCUGUAUAGACCACUCUAUCGCAAUCUAGGAUAUUGGCCUUAGAGAUCUCUACUAUAUUAAAGUUCUUUUGACUUGAAA